CUUCCGAUCUUUUCUGGAUGACGCUUUGAUUAAAGCAUAAGAAGAAGGAGCGAGCAAUCCCGGCGUACUUGUGUUACACGUUGGUUAGUCGAAAAAUGAAAAACGAAACCGAAGAACAACAGCAGCAGCAGCCUGAGCCGGUCGUUGAAGAAGAAGAACGAGAAACUAAACCACCAGCAACAGAACAACACACCGUUAAGGAGAAACCUGAAGCUGAGCAGUUUCGAAAGUUGUUCAUUGGUGGACUUGACUAUCGCACAACUGAUGAAUCCCUGAAAAAACAUUUUGAACAAUGGGGCCAGAUUGUGGAUGUUGUUGUAAUGAAGGACCCCAAGACGAGGAAGUCUCGUGGUUUUGGAUUCGUAACAUAUGCACGAGCUUUCAUGGUAGAUGAAGCCCAAGCAGCACGACCUCACAGAGUAGAUGGCAGAGAGGUUGAGCCAAAGCGUGCUGUCCCUAGAGAUUUGAUAGGCAAACCUGAAGCAAGCUCAACUGUCAAAAAACUUUUUGUUGGUGGUCUGAGGGAUGAUGUUGAAGAAGAGGACUUGCAAAAGUACUUUUCAACAUUUGGUCCAAUUGCCUCAGUGAAUGUUGUUACAGAAAAAGAAACCAACAAGAAAAGAGGUUUUGCAUUUGUGGAAUUUGACGAUUAUGAUCCAGUUGACAAAGUUGUUUUGAUUCGUGACCACACUGUUAAAGGAAGACAUUUAGAUGUUAAAAAAGCUAUCAGCAAAGCUGAUAUGGAUAAGAUGAAGCGUGGCGGUCCUUCUCCUGGAUCGUCACCUUCAGGUCGUGGUGAUUACCGCGGGUAUCGAGAUAGCGGCCGAGGUGACCGAAACGCCGACAGAGGCGGGGAUUUGUGGGAACGACGGGAUUCAUGGAGCAACGGAGGAGGUUCUGGUGGGGGCUGGAGCAAUGGAGAUCAUUGGGUUGGUGGAGGAUCUAGUAGUUAUCGAGGAGGAAAUGGUGGAGGUCGCGGUGGAGAUUAUGGUAAUGGACAAUGGGAAGGUUCGAACUGGGGUGGCAAUCAAAGUAGUGGCGCUGGUUGGAGUGGUGGUUCCCCAGGUUAUGGAACAAGCUCAGGUGGUAACUCAUGGGGUGGUGAUUAUGAUAAUGGCUAUGGAGGGAACAUGAGAGAUUUCAACCAAGGAGGCGGUCCAGUGAGAAAUAGCUACGUAACCGAACGAUCAGUGCCAUACACUCGCGACUAUGGAGGUGCAGGGCGAGGUGGUGGCUUUACAGGUAGCCCCAGUUACGGGGGUUCGCGACGUUAUUAGUAGACAAGUCCCAUCUUCCCCUCUAGGUGUCGUCAUGUUGUUCUGUAGCCAAACCAGAACAGGAGCAGUGAGCCAGGUCCAAGAUUCAUCAAUUAAGUGAAGGCAGUUACAACUAUCAGCCAGCCAGCAACCAGCAGUACCGAACAAGGCCGCUAACGCUUAGCGAAAACAUCCUAAACCUCGGACAGGAUAGCAGCUUCGAUCGACACUUAGAAUGCAAGAUUCAGGCAGUGUGAUAUAGAUUUCGUCGCCAACUGCCACCUUGUCCCCUCCCCUUCUCGUAAAUGGAUCUUAACGUCGUUUUCUUCAUUUUCUACAUGUGAACUACAUUUUUUUUCUUCAGUUUUUUUAACACCCACGUGUUUGAGUUAUCCCUUUUUUUUACAACUAAAUGGAUGUGUAGUUGCUUAGCUUAUCGUCUCGUUGGCUUAAUUAUUGGCGAUUAGCUCUCCGACCAUUGAUUUUCUCUCCCAAUUAUAUUGGACACAUGUCAAAUACGUGUAGGUGUGCGCCGAAUCGCGAGAAUUUUAAAUCUAAAUCACUCAAUUUUUGAUUUCAUCAUCAAUACACUUCAUCGAUCCCA